AUGGUCGACAAGUCGUUGAAGAGAAAGGGCUUCGGCGAUCAGAUCAACAAAGGGGACUCCUACAAGUCAGUGGUAGAGUACAUCGACCAGCAGUUCGAGCGCUACCUCCAGGAGGAGCUGAAGAUCCAUAGAAAUCAGUCGCCGGUGAACGACACCCGCGUCCACAUCUGUCUGUAUAUGAUAUCACCCGUCGGUCACGGCCUCAGAGCCAUUGAUUUGGUGACAAUGCGCUCAUUGGCCGCCAAAUGCAAUCUGAUCCCAUUAAUCGCCAAAUCGGACACAAUUAUGAGACUAGAGUUGGAGAGACUGCGGGUGAAGAUCAUGUCAGAGAUUGUCACCAAUGGGAUCAAUAUCUAUCGCUUCCCCACCGAUGACACAGACGUGGCUGACCUGAACGGCAAGAACAACACUCUGUUGCCCUUCGCAGUGAUGGCCAGUAAUGAGUUUGUUGAGGUGGACAGUAAGCAGAUGAGGGCCCGAGUGUACCCGUGGGGCACCGUUCAGGUGGAGAACGAGAACCACUGCGACUUCGUGCGGCUCCGGGACAUGAUUUUGCGCAUAAAUAUGGAGGACUUGCGAGAGACCACUCAUUCCCGUCACUACGAGCUCUACCGUCGCGUACGUCUGGAACAGAUAGACUUCGGAACGGUGGGCGCCGGAGACACCGCUAAGACCACCAGUUGUGAGAAGACCUACAAUAAGCUAUACGCCGCACAUCUCAAAGAAAUGAAGCGAGAAGAGGAUGAGAUGCGCGAGAGAUUUGUGCUCAGGGUUAAGGGAAAGGAGGCGGAGCUGAAGGAGGCCGAGAAGGAACUGCACCUGAGGUUCGAUAGGCUUAAGAAGCAGUCGACGGAGGAUAAGCGGCGCCUGGAGUUAGACAAACAGAAACUGGACGACGACAUCGCGGCGCUCAACGCCCGCAAACAGUCGGUGUUAGGCGGCGCCGGCGCUAACCUAACACUCCAACAGUCAAUGCUCGGCAAGAAUAAGAAGAAGUAG